GGCAAACGCAAACAGUUUGUAAAUUGACAAAUAGCUAUGUUUAACAAUGUAUCCGCUGAGUUCACAAAAACGAUCUUGGACUUUUGCAAACGAGGCUCAGCUACAGGUAUUCCGGGUGGAGCAGAACACCAAAUACAUCGAGGAGCAUCAGAAUGAUGUGCCACCAUCAGCCAGCCUCGAAAGUUACUUUCUGACGCCGGCUGAAGAGCGCCUGUUGCUCAAACAAUAUGAAAUUUAUUUGGUUGACUUUUGCCGGCGUUUUGAUCCGCCCAUGCCGAAAUGCGUGAUUGGCACAGCAUUUCAUUACUUCAAGCGAUUUUAUUUAAACAAUACACCCAUGGACUAUCAUCCCAAGGAAAUAUUAGCUACUUGCGUAUUUGUUGCAUGUAAAGUGGAGGAGUUUAAUGUGUCUAUCAAUCAGUUUGUAAACAACAUUAAAGGUGACCGCAACAAGGCCACCGACAUAGUGCUCUCAAAUGAACUAUUGUUAAUUGGCCAACUUAACUACUACCUCACAAUUCACAAUCCGUUCCGCCCGAUUGAAGGUUUCCUAAUAGACAUCAAGACUCGCAGCAACAUGCAAAAUCCAGAACGUUUGCGUCCGCAAAUAGAUAGCUUUAUCGAUUCGACAUUUUUCACAGACGCCUGUCUGCUGCAUACCCCAUCGCAGAUUGGACUCGCUGCUGUGCUGCAUGCGGCCAGCAAAGAACAAGAGAACCUAGACAGCUAUGUCACAGAUCUACUCUUUGUGUCGGCUCGAGAGAAGCUGCCGAGUCUAAUCGAUGCAGUGCGCAAAAUACGUAUGUUAGUCAAAAACUAUCAACCGCCAGAUCGGGAGAAAGUCAAGGCUAUCGAAAAAAAAUUGGAGAAGUGUCGCAAUCAGAACAAUAAUCCCGACAGCGAACUAUAUAAGGAGCGCUUACGUCGCUUGUACACAGAUGAAGAUGAUCUGCCCGCCGAAGAUGGCUCUUUUCAUAUAGCCGAUGUCAGCUCCGAUACCUCUGCUAUGAAUAUCAGUCAAUAAAACUUGUUAAUCUACAGACAAUCUGUGAAAUAACAAUAUUCUACAUAAAUAACAAUUGAAAGAAACGCUAUCAUUAUUCUGCGGAUGAGAAUACCAUUAAAUCGACUAACACUUUUUACAUAUUUGAAUUUUGGCGCA